AUGCUGAAUCAUCCGUCGGCGAAUCCGUUCGCUAUCGCCACCAGUACGAGCACCUCAGGUCUUGGCGGCUCCGAGUUGUGUAGUGCCGCCAUAGGCCAACCACCACCAGCCCAUCAGCAUCGACCACAAAUGGGCUCAUCUGCGUCCUCUUCUCUGCUCAAUGGCGCCUCGAUUGCAAAUCCGUUAGAUUCCAGUAUAAGCACGAGUGAAGCUGCAUCCAUUGCUUCACAUCCAACGCCUCAUGAUUGGAGGAAAUCAGACGAAUUUUUGCAGGCGAACCCUUGGCAGUUGAUGGGUUUGAUGCCACAGCAAGGCACUGCAAUGCAGCAACAGUGUGCCGCCUUACCGCCUCGAGGUGGUUUCUUCGGCGAUCCCUCAGCACCACUUCCGAUGAGGUAUCCGGGCGUCGAGGAGAACACCGCCAAGGACCAUGUCAAUUCCACAUUCUAUCAGGUCUGUCCGUUUCAGGCACAUUUUUCACAUUGUUCCACACUUUUUCUAUUUUCUCCGCAGUGGAUGGUUUUCAUUUUUCAAAUUUUCGGUUUGUUUUCGUUGUGA